AUGGAGCUCGGAGGAGCAAGCACUCUGCUCUUGGCAGUCUGUGUUACAGCUCUCAUAUUCCUCAUGACGUGGAUUAGCAGCAACAAGAGGAAGAAUAUGCCUCCUGGACCUGCUCCUCUUCCUUUUGUUGGAAACAUUCUACAAGUGAACAUGAAAGAGCUGCCAAAGUCGCUUCUAAAGCUUGCCAAGGUUCAUGGAGACAUAUUUACUGUUCAACUGGGGACCAGGACAGUCGUCCUCCUACAUGGCUAUGAUACUGUGAAAGAGGCUCUAGUGGACAAUGCCGAUGUUUUCAGUAACAGAGGGAGUGCAGCCACUGUAAAAAUGCUGUUUAAUGACUAUGGAAUUAUAUUUAGCAAUGGGGAGCGCUGGAAAGUGAUGCGUCGUUUCUCUUUGGCCACCCUGAAGAACUUUAGUAUGGGGAAGAGAAGUAUAGAGGAGAGGAUCCUGGAAGAGUCUCAGCACCUAAUGGAGGAGUUUAGGAAAACAGAGGGUUCACCUUGUGAUCCCACUUACCCCUUGACAUUGGCAGUGUCCAACACAAUCUGUUCCAUUGUCUUUGGUGAACAUUUUGACUAUUCAAAUCAGACUUUUCUCGGACUUCUUGAAGCAAUAAAAGAAAUAUUUACACUAGCAAGAUCGAGAUCUUUACAGUUGUUCAAUAAUUUCCCAAGGUUGUUCCGUCAUCUCUCUGGACCACAGAAACUUUUACAAAAAGUGGAUAAGGUCAAAGCCUUUGUUAAGGAUAAAGUCAAUGAACAUGAAAAGACUUUGGACAAAGACUGUCCCAGGGAUUUUAUAGAUUGCUUUCUUCUAAAGAUGGAGGAGGAGAAAGAUGAUCCUAAUACGGAAUUCCACUUUGAGAACCUAUUUGUUUCUGUGAUUAAUCUUUUCGUUGCUGGGACAGAAACUACAAGCACCACUUUAAAACGAAGUUUAACAAUUUUGACCAAGUACCAGGAUGUAUUAGCAAAGGUCCAGGAGGAAAUUGACAAUGUAAUUGGUCGGGACCGCUGUCCCUCUAUAGAAGAUCGGAACAGGAUGUCAUAUAUGGAAGCGGUCAUUCAUGAGAUACAGAGAGUUUCAGACAUUGCGCCCUUGGGAAUUGCCCAUGCAACAGCUCAAACUACCAUCUUUAGAGGCUACACCAUCCCAAAGGUAGGCAGAAUUCUUCAACUUUAUAACAUUCUCUCUCUUUCUAUAAUCUCGGUAAUCCAUCUCAUAGAAAUGUUUGGGUACUUGCAUAAUAUAGCACAGACAAAAAUUUUAAAAAACAAAACGAAAAAAACAUCCUCUUAA